CUCUGUUCAUGUACAUUACCAAUUUUAAAAAUAGAAAUACAUUUCCCAGCUUUCCAAAACACACUGUGUGACUUUCUGGUUGGCCAACAAUUAUUUUUUCAAAGGUCUCUAGUGGAAAUGCUCUGUCAGUAUUCCUUCAAAUAAAUCGAGACGUUAAUCAAGAUCGUGACAUUUAUGAAAACCUUCGAUUAGCCCGAACUUUAUACUAAACCCUUUAAUGUAUGAGGUGGGAGUUUCGUUGGUCGUGAUUAAUGUUAUAAUGUUAAUGUGGAGUUUCUGUGCUGGUUGACGUUGUCAUCCAGUUGUUCUAACGUUAUUUGCACUAAAGAAGGCUGAAGAUGGAGGAUGACGACUUUUUACUCGCUCUUCGUUUACAAGAGCAGUUUGAUCUGGAGACAUCGGCUGCUGGAUGGAGUGAUGAAGACUGUCCGUCCAGUAAAAAGCGUAAGAUUGACUUCUCUGCUGUGAUUCCCUUCUCUCAGCCCGGACCCAGACCUGAGAGACCGCUGUCCAUCGUGGACGAGUCGUGGGAGACGCUGGACCCCAACCCGGACGUGAGAGCCAUGUUCCUGCAGUUUAACGACAGGUUCUUCUGGGGGAAACUCAGCGGGGUGGAGGUCAAGUGGAGCCCGAGGAUGACACUGUGUGCUGGUGUUUGCUCUUAUGAGGGAAGAGGAGGCUUGUGCUCUAUUCGACUCAGUGAACCUCUCCUGAAGCUCAGACCCCGCAAAGAUCUCGUACAGACUCUUCUCCAUGAGAUGAUCCACGCUCUUCUCUUUGUGACUCAAAACAACACAGAUCGAGAUGGUCACGGACCAGAGUUCUGCAAACACAUGGACAGAAUCAACCAAGCAAGCGGCACCAAAAUCACUAUAUAUCACUCGUUUCACGAUGAGGUUGACGUGUACCGGCAGCACUGGUGGCGCUGUAACGGACCCUGUCAGAAUCGCAGACCGUUCUUUGGCUACGUAAAGCGUGCGAUGAACAGACCUCCCUCGGCCAGAGAUCCCUGGUGGACUGAGCACCAAAGGACCUGCGGUGGAACAUACACCAAAAUCAAAGAGCCAGAGAAUUAUGGGAAAACAGGCAAAGGCGACAAAAAGAAAGACACAAAUCCUUCCAAUGAGAUUUCUAAGGGUUCAAAGCCUCCCAGCAGCAUUACAGGUGUUUCUAAGAGUUCAAAGCCUCCCAGCAGCACAUCAGGCUCUGGCUUACAAGACAUCAGAAAUGUCAUUCCAUUCAGUGGGAGAGGGUUUAUUCUUGGAGGGAACACGCAGACUUCCACAAACAAGCCGAGCCAGAGUCCUCCUAAAGCGCCACCGGAACCUCUGGUCUCUCCCCCUGACUCUCCGGUCCUUCCAAGACUAUGGCCCAUUGAGACAAACUUGCCCAAAAGAGUCAGCAAAGGUGCAUCGAAUGUUCCCCGCAGAAAGUCUGUCAGCAACACUAAUGCCUUUAUCAACGUCAAUGGCUCACCUGUGAGGAUUUCCAAAGGCAAAGACUUAAGAGGCAAGCAGAGGUCAGUGCAAGAUCUCUUCCAGGCCAUAGUCCUCAAAUCUCCGGAGAGGGCAGCCAGUGCUGCCGGUUCCUCCAAACCUGCCACAGAUGCCACGACAGCAAACCCUGACAAAUGUAAUGGAGCAUCUUCGUCUAGUGCCUUAGACACAAAACCUUUUGGGAAAACAAGCCUGAUCAAUAACCAUCAUUCAUCCACCACCACAGGGCCAAAGCCUGACUCUAUAGAGUCGUAUCUCUCCAAAUAUUUUGGAAGCGUUGCUAAAACGGAAUUCCCAGAAUCAAAGUCGAAAGCUUCCGGAAGCCCUCAAAAGUCUGCAACUAGCACACCAGGUCACGAUUCUACGCUCUUCGGAAGUAACCAAAAAUCUGCAACUAGCACACCAGGUCACGUCUCUACGCUCUUCGGAAGCCCUCAAAAGUCUGCAACUAGCACACCAGGUCACGUUUCUACGCUCUUCGGAAGCCCUCAAAAGUCUGCAACUAGCACACCAGGUCACGUCUCUACGCUCUUCGGAAGUAACCAAAAAUCUGCAACUAGCACACCAGGUCACGUCUCUACGCUCUUCGGAAGUAACCAAAAGUCUGCAACUAGCACACCAGGUCACGUUUCUACGCUCUUCGGAAGUAACCAGAAACUAGGGUCAGAUGCUGCAAGCUCAGGAUUCCGAAACACUGGAUCUCCCCAAAGUUCACACACUUCAACUACUUCAGGGUCCGGUUCCAAGCACUCCGGAAAGCCUGAAUCCAACUUUCCGAGCCCUGGAAUCAUUGGCAGCCCCCGGACAUCAGGGACUACGCCUUCGGGAGCCAAGAAAAGAUCAUGGGAAGAGCAUAACUCCGAACAAAUCUUUGAUUACUUCCAGCGUACAGUCGGUGAGUCCGCCAAUUCCGCAGUGCAGCAGAGAGAGGAGGUCGGAGACGCCGUUCCAAACGAUCCUCCGGUCCACGUCACCGUCCACUGCCCUGUGUGCCACAUCAAAGUACCCGAGUACGCAAUCAAUGAACAUUUAGAUUCCUGUCUGUUGUAAUCUCUGAAAACGUCAAGUACAGGCCAUAGGGCUUUACUAAAGCUAGGAGAGGUGUUUUCUAUGGGAAUCCUGUGCUCAAAACUCAGGUGUAGCUGUAAAUAAAAAGAUUACAUAUUUAAUAUUAUAGUGGUGAGACAUAUCCCUUCCAACGCAAUAACUUUGUAGGUCACGGCUCUAAAAGUACACGUAGAAGUCGUUGGCAGCACAAUAGCCCACAUUUCCUUUUGUACUUCUCCAUUUACUGACUUAUUCUACCUCAGUUUUGUAAAAAGAUUCUUUGCAUCAUGGGAGGAAUGUUGGGUGUGGUCAGCAGCACCGAUUGACAGCUUAGUGACACCGAGUGAGUUUGUUUGAAGAGACGUCACUGUCCUUGUGUGCGGAUCCUGUCGAUUCAGCAGUACUGGAUUUCGCUCGUGUUGGCUGUCCGCUGUGGGAUUUAGAUGUGCUUAGCUUUUCUGCCGGAUCAGGCUUUGCAAGGUCGGUGUCAUCAAUAACAGCUCUGUUAGGUUGACCUGUGAGUGGGGGCGGAGCUUGUGCUGCAUUCUGCAUAGUAAUUUCGCAUAUGCUUUGUGCCUUAGAGGAAUGCACACGUUGAAAAAGUGAACCCCACCCAGAUGUGAAUAUUAAGGAAUGCAGGAUAACAUGUGAUAAGACCCGCCUCGGUAAACAAUGGCUGAUGACGAGGUCACGCUGCUCAUGUUACACCUAGUUUUGGCGUGGUUCACUUAUAGGCCCAGGCACAUCAUAUUGAUUUACCUGCAUGACGCAGUGAUUUGUUUAGUGUUUGUCAUGCUCCAGGCAGUGACGUAACUUAUAUUGAGUGCAUGUGGUUUUAACAUGCACUACAGGUUCUGAGAAAGGCAACACUGUCAUGGUGAUGCAUCAUUCUCUGUUGGGACUGAAAAUUUUGCACAAUUUACUGUUGGCCAAUUUAGGACCAGAUGUUUUGUUUUAAAAAAUGGUUUUAUAUUGAUUCAUACUGUUUAAAUAAAAAAAUGUGAAGUUUAUUAAAUGGAUAGUUCCACCCAAAAAUGAAAAUUCUGUCAUCAUUUACUCACUCUUCGUUCUUACUAUUUUUGAAGAAUGUUGGUAAUCAAACAGUUGACGUUAGGUUACUUGUAUAGUUGGAGAAAUAUCCGUCGUAGAAACGGAUGUCAAUGGCUAACAUCAACUGUCUGGUGGUUACCAAACAUUCUUCAAAAUGUAUUUAGUGUUCUACAGAAGAAAGACCCUCAGUCGGGGAACAACAUGAGGGUGAGUAAAUGAUGGCAAAAUUUUCAUUUUUGGGUGGAACUAUCCCUUUAGGUGGUUUCAAAUGUUUGUGAGUUUUAAAUGUUAAUGUUUCAUAAUUAAAAUGUUAUGUGGAUUUUUCUAUUGUGUUUUAUACCUUAAAAUCGUGCCUGAUUUAGGCUAUGUUUGACUGUUGCCUUUGUCAACUUUUUUUGUUGAAAUAAAUGUUCGAUUAAUUAUUGUGGUA